UUGUAUAUAAGAUUCGUGACGACUUCGGUAAAAGCACAGACAGCGGGCGUCGUGCAGGGAGAAAGUGUUCGGUUAGAGAGCGAGAGUCCGAGUAUAAGACACGGUCGCGGACCGAGAAAAUCAGUUAAUCGCGGGUGCAUCUGUGAAGACAACGGUCAGGAUGAGGACGCAAUUCAUCCUGAUAGCUUGCUUAGCGAUAGCAAGGCAAACAUUUGGUACUCAAGUGUACGAGACGCCGAGUGACACUUCGCAACAACAAUGGAAGCCGUGGAAGAAUCAAGACCUGAUCCAAGCGUCGAACGGGGACCAAGACAAGCAUCGUCCCGUCACGUUCGACGAUUCUGACAUGCAACAGAAAGAGUCGCAACAACCGUUAUUUUACAACGCGAAUAUUCAAUCGGGCGCCAGCGGAGUCGCCGACGUCGCCGGUCAGCAAUCGGUUGACUCUGUGGUCGAGAAUAUUCUCGUGUCUAUUCGGGAAGGUCGCAACCUCGAGGGAUACGCCCAAGUCUACUCUGACCCUAACGUAAAAAAUGCUCUGGAUCUUGGCAACGACACGAUCGCACGUUCCUAUAUCGAAGACAAGCUCUGCUCCCUCGGUUUGAUGAACUGCGACAACGUGGAAGGACGACGUCCUUACUAUUCCCCUCACCGCGACAUUCAUCCGCACGACGUCAUCUACGCUCAGCCGGUGACCAUCAGGCCGGUAGGCCAUCCACUUCCGGCCAUACCUGUAAAGCGGCCUUACGGUUCGGCUAAGCCCGUGCCACUACCUCCGAGUUUCGGUUCGCCGUUGGGGCCCGGGGUUUACCCUGGACCCGGACCGACGUUCGGUAGACCUCCGCCUGGCUUCGGGCCUUAUCCCGUGUACAAGAAACCCGGUUUCCCUAUCCCUCUGGGCCCGUCCAAACCCACAUACGAGACCAUCGAACCCGAUUUCGUGGACACGUUCAUCGACAAGAAGCAGGCGGUGUUGCAUCAACCGAGUGCCUCGGGCGUCCAACAGCACGUUCAUCAUCAUUACCAUCACGGGGACGCCGGUGGCAGCGCGCACAGCCCCGCCGUAGUCGCGUCAUCCCCCGUGCUCGGUGGCGGCGGUCUCGGCAGUUAUGGCUACGGGAACGGCGGGAGUUUCGGCGCCACGAUCAACGAUUUCGAGGACUACAAGAAGGAGUUCAAGAUCAAAACACCCGCGAGCAACAGCGGCCCGUUGCCCUCCGCCUUGUCCCCCGUGAAAGGCUACGUCGAUCGUUAUCCCGCUUACGAGAAGCCGAACGGCAAACAGUUCGCUUCCGGCGGGCAACAGCUCGGCGUUAAUAAUCAAUUCCUGGGGAACGGCGGUUACGACGGCGAUUAUCCAUUCAACAACGGCGCCGACAAUAGUUUCGGUUCCACGUCUUACGAGGAUUGCGUGUGCGUGCCGUACGAUCAGUGCGCGACGAUCAAUAACGUGGGCCGCAAGGACGAUCUCUACUUGGCUAUCGAUCCGCGCAAUCUCGACAAGGAUAUCGAGGCUGAGACCGUCGAGGUGGUAAUCACCGACGGGAACGGAACAAUGAGCGUCGCGAGGGUGCCCAAGGGGGUGAACGGGACCGAGCAGAUCGAGGAGACGAAAAACGAGUGGACGGAGGGGGCCGGGGCGGCAGAAGGUACGAAGCGAAACCGCAGGGAUGUCAAGAACGUUACCAAGAAGGACGACGAGCAGAGACUGACGGUAAGAACCGGCAAUCUGGACACCUCGAAACUGAACGUGAGGCCGACUUGGGGCGUCAGUUUCGGCCUACCGCAGACCGGUGGUGUCGGUCCGGUCGCGCCCCACCCUGGCAAUCCCCUGGGGAUCCCGGGGUACACGCCGGGCUACGGGCUGGUCGGCGGACAGGGCAUAAAUCUCGGCCCGGUCGCCGUGAAUCCGCUCGUGGCGGUGCAGGUCACCAAAGACGAGUACGGCGAGAAGGUGGUGAAGCCUUACGUGAACCUGCACGUAACGCCGAAUCCAGGACUUAUUCACAAGCUAGGCCACCUCCUGGCUCACAAGAAACACGGCCUGUACGGCGGUUAUUACGGCGGUCAUUACGGCGGUCAUUAUGGCGGAAAUUACGGCGCUUACGCUCCUCAUUAUCACACGCAUCACGAGAAACCGAUCUAUCAUUAUCCGUACGAGAGACCGCCGUUCUAUCCGUCGCACGGUGUUCACCAUCACGAGCCGAGCUACUACCAGCCCCACGGCGGAUACUAUCCCUCCUACUACAAGGACGACGACGACGAUUACAACGACUAUGAUUACUCGGACGAUUAUCAGGAUGAUUACUAUAGGAACGCUCGCGCGAGAAACGCGUCGACGACGAAAGGUAGACAAUCCUCGAAGGCUUCGCCGAAGGCCUCGCCGCGAGGACCGGUCAGCGACGAGCGGCAGACGGGCGGGAAGAUUACCUUCUCGGACAGAAGGAGACGUCGCGACACGGCGACGACGUUUAGCGAAACGACGGAGGUAAGGACACGGUCGGUUGGUCCGCUCGCUCUGCCGAGCGGACUUAACCGUCGUAAUAACGAGCCGUUACGAUACGACGGCCGCCCGCAGGCUUGCGGUUCUCAUCACGUCUGCUGCCGGAAAUCGCACGUAAUAGGGGCACGCCCGCGACCCGGUCAAUGCGGAGUUAGGAACACACAGGGCAUCAAUGGCCGCAUCAAGACCCCGGUCUACGUCGACGGGGACUCUGAAUUCGGCGAAUACCCGUGGCAAGUGGCUAUUCUGAAGAAGGACACCAAGGAGAGCGUCUACGUUUGCGGAGGCACAUUGAUCUCGCCCCGGCACAUCGUCACCGCCGCUCAUUGCGUCAAGACCCACGCCGGUCGUGACCUUCGCGCACGAUUAGGCGACUGGGACGUGAAUCACGACGUCGAGUUCUACCCCUACAUCGAGCGCGACAUCGUCAGCGUCUUCGUGCACCCCGAGUUCUACGCCGGCACUCUUGCCAACGACAUCGCUAUUCUGAAGCUGGAUCACGACGUCGAUUUCGCGAAGAACCCUCACAUUAGCGCCGCCUGUCUGCCGGAUAAGCACGACGACUUCACCGGAACUAGAUGCUGGACCACCGGAUGGGGCAAGGACGCUUUCGGCGACUUCGGCAAAUACCAGAACAUACUGAAGGAGGUGGACGUACCUGUCAUCAGCAACCACGUGUGCGAGCAGCAGAUGAGGCGGACGCGGCUGGGGCCCAGCUUCAGUCUCCACCCGGGCUUCGUCUGCGCCGGCGGCGAGGAGGGCAAGGACGCCUGCAAGGGCGACGGCGGCAGCCCGAUGGUCUGCGAGCAUCAGGGCCGCUGGCAGCUGACCGGUGUCGUCUCCUGGGGCAUUGGCUGCGGCCAACCGAACGUGCCUGGCGUGUACACACGCGUCUCCCACUAUCUCGACUGGAUCCGCCAGAUCGUGGAUUACUAAAAGAAAUUUCUCCAUUUCAAGUCGCGUUCGAGACAAAAGAGAUUGGGCAAUCUCGGCUUUUCUUUUCAAAAUGUCGCGAUCUUUCGUCGGUUGAACAAAAAAUAGCGAUAUAUUUAAUUUCGUAGAUACAGAGAGAGAGAGAGAGAGAGGCGUAUAUUUAUGUGUAUUUUAUUUAUACUAAAAUGGUUAAUGUUUUAUUCGUAUACGAUACAUUUCUAAGUUAAUUUCGCUCAAGGCGGAGAGACAUUUAUUUCAUCACUCGUGUCUAGGCGGGUUUUGUUUAACUUAAAAAUGCCCAACUUGUUUUUAUUGUUCAUAUGUCUCUGGAUCGUACGAUCUCGGCGCCGUUUGCGCGCCGAGGCUACAAUGUACAAGCAAUUCGCGAAGCGUGUGAUUCGAGCGUUCGGAUCGUCGAGUAAUGCAUUUUCUUUGCAACAGAUUAUAUAUUUAUAAUAUCGACUUAAUAAAUAACUCACACACACCUUUGUAA